CCUUUGUGGGCUUUUGCAUGGUGUGCAGAUGUGUAGACAUCUUACGCCGACGAAAAUUUCAGCUUUCUUCCUUUAAGAUUAUAUGUCUUUUCGAUAAAACAGAUAUGGGAGUUCCUAAAUUUUAUAGAUGGGUUAGUGAGCGAUACCCAUGCAUAAGUCAAGUUGUUCAAGAACACCAGAUUCCUGUCUUUGAUAAUUUGUACCUGGACAUGAAUGGAAUCAUCCAUCCUUGCUCGCAUCCUAAUGACGAUGAUCCUCACUUCAGAAAAAGUGAAGAAGAAAUAUUUGCUGAUAUAUUUCAUUAUAUCGAAAUUAUGCUUGGGCUUUCCUCACAUGAACCCCAUUUUGCCUUGCUGCGAGAAGAGGUGAAAUUUGGAAAAGCCUCAAAAAGAAUAACACGGCCUGAAAAGACAACUUUCCAUCUUCUUCAGCUAUCGUUGUUCAGAGAGUACCUUGACUGGGAAUUCAAUGAAUUAAAGGAUAAAUUGCAGUUUCCCUAUGACCUGGAAAAAAUAAUUGAUGACUGGAUUCUUAUGGGAUUUCUUGUUGGAAACGAUUUUAUUCCUCACUUACCAAAUCUUCAUAUUAAUCAUGAUGCUUUGCCAUACCUUUACAGAGUGUACAUUGAUCUACUACCCUCACUUGAUGGUUAUCUUCAUGACAGUGGAAAGCUAGUAUUUCGUAGGUUUGAGAAGUAUCUGGAAGCUUUGUCUAAGUUUGACAGAGAGCAGUUUGAAGAAAAGUUUGUAGAUAUGAAAUGGUUUGAAAGUAAGAAGGGCUUCACAUUUGAAAAUAACCCUGUGGAGUUUGAGGCAGAUGAAUCUGUGCUGCCUUUAGACAACAGUUUUGCUGCAUUAGAGUUCAUGCCAGAGGAAUCUGUCACUGCAAAGAGAAAACAGACAAAAGUGAAGCUGAAUCCAGAAAUUGAAAAACUUGCUGCAAAGUUUGAUGAGGAACAAAGUGAUGAGGAUGAAGAUGUCUUUGAAACUGAAUUUGCUAUGCACAAAAGAGAUUACUACAUACAAAAGUUUGGAUAUGAAGAAGUAAACAGAGAUGUCCUUGCUGAACUAACCUACCAGUAUGUGACAGGAAUUCAGUGGAUUCUUUCGUACUAUUUCAGUGGAGUGCCAUCGUGGAGUUGGUUUUUUCCUUUCCAUUAUGCUCCGUACAUGUCAGACAUUAGACACUUCAGCAGUGUAGAAAUCAAGUUCAAACUGGGAACUCCUUUUCUUCCCUUUGAACAGCUACUUGCUGUGCUACCAGCUGCAAGCAGGCAGCUUCUUCCAAAGCCUUUCCAGAAUUUGAUGAUCAUGGAACAGUCUGAUAUUAUUGAUUAUUAUCCUGUGGAUUUCAAGACUGAUUUGAAUGGUAAACAACAAGAAUGGGAAGCUGUGGUGCUUAUUCCUUUUAUUGAUGAGGAAAGGCUUCUAAAUGCCAUGGGGCCUCUGUAUUCAAGAUUAACCAAGGAGGAAACUUCACGCAACAAGCAUGGUCCUUGCAUUCUUUACACCUAUGAUCCAAGCCUUACCUUUGUUUACCAUUCUUCAUUGCCUGGAAAGUUUUCUGAUAUUUCCUGUUGUCAUGCAAGGUGUGACAUGCUUGAUAAAGAUGCCUUCCAUGUUGCAUUGCAACACAUGCAGCGAGGUCUCUGUGAAGGGGUUAAGCUUGAUGUAUAUUAUCCCGGAUUCCCCACUUUGUACCAUGUUUCACACAAGGCUCAACUCAAGAAGGCAGGAGUGAAGGUUUUUCAGAUGCACAGCAAGAGUCACAGUAUGAUUUUAAAUAUCAUCAAACCCCAAGAAAAGGUUUUGUCAUCAAGAGUAGCCGAGGACUUUCUUGGUGAAACUUGCUAUGUUGGCUGGCCUCAUAUGGUGGAAGCUCUGGUAGUUGGUGUUUGUGAUGGCAGUAAAAGAUACUCUCUUAAAAAGAAAAAUCCUCACAAUUCUGAUAAAGAAGUAUUAGACCAGGACUUGAAUGAGUCGGAGGUCAAGAGCUGGAUUCACCAAAUCAAGUCUGCAAAAGAACAUCAAUUAGAAAGAAGAGGAAUAGAACUUGGAGAAACAGACAUAAUGAUUGAAGCUUGCCCUAUCAGAGGAAAGAGAUAUGUAUGUGGAGCCAAAGGUCUUGUUACCAUGGAAAAAGAAUGGUCACCUAUGCCAGUCUCGUACCCUUACCAGUUGACCGUUAAAGAUAUCCAUGUUCAUGAGUCACACGAGGAUGAUAAAGUACACACAAUUGAGGAACUUUUCCCUAUUGGAAGCCAGUGUUUCAUGUUAGCAUCCCCAUAUUAUGGCACAUCUGGUGAAGUGAUAGAGAUUGAUGUGAAACAGUCUCGAGUCAGAGUUCAGCUGCAUGUGCCUCCAGAACCUGACUUACAAUCUGUGAUUGAUAAACAUCAGGCUUUGUCAGUAAAUUACUUGUCAGCACAUGUGGUUGCUAUAAAGCUUGGUAUAACUACAAACUUGCUUUUAAGAAUAACAGGGAGCCUCCUGAUUGAAAAUGGCUCCAGCAAAAGUUCAUCUGGUGGGACAGCAAAGGUUGAUAUUGGACUCAACAUGAAAUUCAGUAAACAGAAUAGAGAGGCUCUUGGAUAUGCCAGGAGAACAGAAGGGGGAGGAUGGACUUUUUCUCCAGCAGCUGUGAAAAUAAUUUCUGAGUAUUGGUUUCCACAUAUUUUUGAAACUUUGGCUAAGAUGUCACCAAAUGAUCGGUGCUUUACAAAGGACUUAGAUGAAGAUGAAAAGGGGUCUGAACUAUUAUCAGAGAUUCAGGACUGGCUGAAAACAGUACCUUCUUUCCAACUAGAACCUGUGAAAUGUGGCAGUAUCAGUUUAGAUGAUCCAGUUGUAGAGGCUAUAGAACAGGUGGUGCUGAGUACCAAGGCAUUAAACCACAGACCCAAGGCAGUUAAAGUACGUGUGCGGCCUCACCUCCUCUUCAAACCAUCUGACCAUCAGGGAGCUGUUCUCCCUGAUAACGAUGCAAAGUUUGAGCUAUUCGACCGAGUAGUCAACGUCAAACUGAAUGUGGCUGUUCCGUUUGGACUAAGGGGAACCAUUAUUGGAAUUCACGAGGGUCCCAGCUCGUCUGAUGUUCUUUAUGAAAUUAUCUUUGAUGAACCAUUCCUCAGUGGAUUGGCUUUAAGGUGUUCAUCCAAAAAUGUGUUCUUGCUUGAAGCUGUGGCACUUAUUAAUAUCAGUUAUGGUGAGCGAUGUGAAGCUAAGAAAGUUGAAGGAAAAUCAGGUAGCAAUGCUUCAUUCGGCACAAACCUGGGCAGCUCACCUCAGCUGAACAAGGAGAGCAAAGGCAGUCAAUGCAAAUCAGCAGACAGCAGGCUAGAUUCUUCAGGAAUCCUUGGUUACUCAAAUGCCUUCAAUAAUCAACGAACUGUAUCUCAGCGUAACGGCCCUCCGAAAUCAGCUACUAGCAGUACAACGCUAAGAAUACCGGGGAUUCAAGGCAGAGGGUCCUCACAAGCCCAGGUUAAUAUUAGCAAAAAAAUUGACAGGACUGUUAGUGAGAGGAAUACACCAGACCUAACGCCUCCUGGAAUUCCAAAGGUUGCUGACAUCUCAACUAAUCAGUCCAGUAAUAGUCCAAGCGAAUUUGCCGACAUGUGGAAAGAGCUUAAACUUAAAGAAAAUAGUCCUGGUGCCUUCGAUCUCCCAGGAAACAGCCCUGAACACAAGAGCAACGACAAAGUCCAGGAUACGAAAGAAAGCGAAGUGCUGAUCAAGGAAGGAACAAGGGCUCUUCGUGAACUCCUUCAGAUUGGCAAGGCACAGGAACCCAAGAUAGACAAGCAACUAGACAGACCUGAACAAAAAAACCUUACGGGCAAACAUUUGACAGUUGAUGAACUGUUUCGCAGUCAUAGCUCUGCCCAAAGAACUAUGCAACCGUUUCCGCUGGUAACCUUACCGUACCACACGCGAAGUUCACCGUCAUUAGCCUUAUUUGCCUGGUGUCGGUCGUCUGGUCUUCCACCACCAUAUUAUCACCAUACUCCAGCAGCAGAGGGAGUAAUUGCCGUUGUCGAGUUAGCCAACGGGUUUAAAUUUACCGGGAGUGUGUGUAGCGAUCACGUCGAAGCCAUGGAUAGUGCAUCAUCUGUCGCACUGUUUCAAUUGCCACGAAUCAUGCCGAACAUUCCAGGGCCACGACAACUUGUCCCGCAGCAUCAAUUUUCCCCAGUCUUCUUUUCAUCACCGCCCAAUCCCGUAACACCGCAAACCUUUGCUGGCCUUGCACCUCUGCCCUCCCAAAAACCUUUACGUCAGCUAUCACCUCAAUCUCAGCCUUGUACAUUAAGCACAAGAAGUCAAGAUCCACCAAAAAGGGAGGGUCCUCAGUCUGCUCAGCAAAGAAAAAGUGGAACUCUGAACAGUUCGGCAGUGCCUUUCAUUCCAUUGCAGGUUUCCAGGAGGAGUUCGUCACGGUCACAAUCGUCACCAAUAACAUCGCAGCAGACGGCAGUCAAAGAGACUCCAGAAAGUUCUAAACUGGAUGGAAGUCGACAAAAAGAUCAGAGUCAAGACAUUGAGUAUCAAGGAACUGGCGAAAUUCUCCCGAGAAAUUUGUGUUCAGAAUUAUCAGCUAACAACGUUACUGCUCAGUCAGAUCUGCCAGAAACGAAUUCUCUGUUCGUGAACAAAACAGAUAAAGCUGGCAUCCCUCUCAAAAGAACAUCAAUUUCAUCUAAAAGGUUGUUAGCUCCUAGUUUCUUCUCAAAAAAGAGCUAACUUUGUUUACUUAUUUUGUUUAUUCGGCUUUCCCUUUUGUAACAAUCCACCUAUCAAAGGAAUGGAGGUUGUGAAGAGUUCGCAGGAAUUGUUCUCCGGUCAAUCACAGCCGUGACAAGUAUCCAUCACUUUUAGGGUAACAGGUUUGUCACACUACAGUGUUGUUCCCUUCUCGAAUUUUAGAUGACCCGUAAGAGACGUCAAGCCUUAAAGGUCGCGCCGUUCAGAUUUCACAAAUUUCACAAUGCACGAGUUUAGUCCAGGUUUAUUAUGAUUUUCUGCUCAAUGGGGAAAGACAAUCGAUAAUGACUUCCGGUUUUUUAAUUAUUUUUAAGAGGAUUUUUAAAAGAUUCUUACUCGUACAAGCAAUUUCUUAAGUCGACUUGUUUUAUGUGUAUCUAAAGAAAGCUGGAUCUUUUGGGAAGCCUUUAAUUUCUUCUGGGGGUGUUUAGUGAGUGUGGUUACGUAGAGAGAGAAGCUAUUCCUUCAGCUGGAAUGUUUCCCAAUUGAUGAAAUAAAUAUUCGUUUUCUGCUGUCAAA